GUUGUAGCAGUCAUGUGUAAACCACAUCGUUGUCCUCACAUUAAUAUGACUGGAAAUAUUUGUGUAUAUUGUCCAGGAGGACCAGAUUCUGAUUUUGAAUAUUCAACACAAAGUUAUACAGGGUAUGAACCAACUUCAAUGAGAGCAAUUAGGGCUAGAUAUGAUCCAUAUCUUCAAACAAGACAUAGGGUGGAUCAGCUAAAGCAAUUGGGCCAUAGUGUAGAUAAAGUUGAGUUUAUUAUAAUGGGAGGGACAUUUAUGAGCCUUUCUGAAGAUUACCGUGAUUAUUUUAUUAAAAAUUUGCAUGAUGCGCUUUCUGGUCAUAAAAGUGAAAACGUUGAAGAAUCUGUUAAAUACUCUGAGCGAUCUAAUGUUAAAUGCAUUGGUAUUACCAUUGAGACACGGCCUGACUACUGUACUCCUAAACAUUUAACAGAUAUGCUUGAUUAUGGAUGUACAAGAUUAGAAAUUGGUCUUCAGUCUGUUUAUGAAGAUGUAGCCAGAGAUACGAAUCGGGGGCACACUGUUAAGUCAGUUAUUGACACCUUUAAAUUUUCAAAAGAUUGCGGUUUUAAAGUAGUAACCCAUAUGAUGCCAAAUCUCCCAAAUGUUGACAUAGAAAGAGACAUUGAACAGUUUGUUGAACUUUUUGAAAAUCCAAAUUUUCGACCUGAUGGAAUGAAAAUCUAUCCUACCCUAGUUAUACGCGGUACCGGUUUGUACGAAUUGUGGAAGACCGGUCGUUACAAAAGCUACCCUCCCUCAGUAUUAGUAGACUUGAUUGCAAAAAUUCUUUCUUUAAUACCUCCUUGGUGUAGGGUUUAUCGAGUCCAACGUGAUAUACCUAUGCCCUUAGUAAGCUCGGGAGUCGAACAUGGAAACUUAAGGGAGCUGGCACUUGCAAGAAUGAAAGAUUUGGGGCUUAAAUGUAGAGAUGUAAGAACAAGAGAAGUUGGAAUUGCUGAAAUUCACUCAAAAGUAAGGCCUAAUCAUAUUGAGUAUGUAAGAAGAGAUUAUAGUGCAAAUGGUGGAUGGGAGAGUUUUUUAAGCUAUGAAGAUCCUGAGCUGGAUAUACUUGUGGGCUUAUUGAGAUUAAGAAAGUGUGCUCCUGAAACCACCUUUCGAGCUGAGCUUAAAGGGAACUGCUCCAUAAUUAGAGAAUUACAUGUUUAUGGUAGUGUAGUUGCUGUUCACGAACGAGAUCCACAAAAAUUUCAGCACCAAGGCUACGGAGCCCUCUUAAUGGAACAGGCAGAACGGAUUGCAAUUAAAGAACACAGAUCUACAAAAAUUGCUGUCAUCUCAGGUGUGGGAACGCGAAAUUACUACAGAAAAUUUGGAUAUGAACUUGAAGGCCCAUAUAUGGUAAAAAGUUUAGUAAAUAAUUACAAGAGUGCCCUCGAUCUUUACGAAGGAAAGUUUAAAUAUAAGAAGUCUGGCCUUAUUAUAUCUGAAGAAUUAGCGAAAGUGCGAGAUCUCGAAACUGAUGAAAUGUUUCUCCAAACCUUUCGGGAAAAAUACAAAGCACUUGGCAAGUAAGAUUUAUUUCAUCUUUACCUUUUUUAUUCACUAUUCCUUAAUUUGAAAACAAUACAAUUAUUGAAUUGUUUUAAACUUAUACUACUAGUUACGUUUCUUGUUUCAAAGGAACAUAAAAACUCAAAAAAAACGCCAUUUUACUUGAAUGGGAAAAGAUAAGUAAUUUUACUCAAAAGAAAUGUUCUUAUAUAUUUUAAUUUUUCUUGUUGUACACAUAAGCUACACAUUAAAUUGACUACCUUAGUGAUAAAAUUUAUCAAAUUCUCAUUUUUAGACAACAUUUAAACAUCAAAGAUUUCAUCAAACGUACAUGACUUACAGAUUAACUUUCAAAUUAAAACUAGUAAUAGCUACGUAAUCAUUCCAUAAAAGUAAUAAAAAAAGGUCUAAAUUGA